CUUGGAUUCUGCGCAGCGCAACAACAUUUCCUACAGCACACGUGCCAUACAAGUCGGACUCUAUCCGAUCACUAUUCAAACUGUCCCUUAAGACUAAGAAGGCUUGAAGAGGCGCUCCAGAUCUCGAGUCAUCCCUCACCAUGGCGGCCGAGCAGCGCAAGCUGCUUGAGCAGCUGAUGGGCGACCAAUUCAUGGGAAUGAGCUCUUCCUCCAAAUCUGCAAACCUCACCCUUACUUCGCCGACUGUCUGCCGUUCAUAUUUGGUGGGAACAUGUCCCCACGACCUCUUCACAAACACAAAGCAAGACCUAGGCCCUUGCCCCAAGACCCACCCGGAGAACCUGAAGAUGGAAUACGACGGCCUCCCUCCAGCAGAGAAACAAAAAUAUGGAUUCGAAUACGACUAUAUGCGGGAUAUGCAGAAAUACAUUGACGACUGCAAUAGAAGGAUCGACCAGGCACAACGGCGAUUAGAGAAGACCCCAGACGAGAUACGGCAGACGAACAACCUCCUCAAACUGAUAUCCGAUCUCACCAAGACCAUCAACACGGGUCUUCUCGAAGUCAGUUGUCUCGCAGAGAUGGGAUCCGUGAGUCUGGCCUGCACCGAAUUCCACAAAGUCCGAACCGCCAAACUGGCCAAAGAACAAGCCGAGCGGGACCUGAAGUCGCUCUCAGACACGUCAGGUCCAUCGGGGCACCAGAAAUUACAAGUGUGCGAUGUCUGUGGCGCAUAUUUAUCCAGACUGGACAAUGACAGGCGCCUGGCUGACCACUUCUACGGGAAAAUGCACCUUGGGUAUGCGCAGAUGCGGCGGACGCACGAGGCGCUGCAGAAAGAACUGAAAGGACGAGGGCCACCACCGGUGAGGCAGCAGGAGGAGAAUACGAGCGGGAGCCCCACCGGACCAAGAGGCUACGACGAUGGAGGAUACGGUGAUGGUGGUGGUGGCGGAUGGGGCAGAGGUGGUGGGGGAUAUGGUCGAGGAGGAGGCGGCGGCUAUGGCAGGGGUGGCGGGGGAUAUCGCGGACGAGGAAGGGGGCGGUGGUAGAGUCGCCGCUCCUCUCCUCCUCUAAUGAGCAACGACGACGUGCCUUCUGGAUUCGUGGUCAUGAAACAUCAUUGCGACGCAUAGCGGGUGGGGAAAUCGGGCUUCGGGGUCAGGCGAAAUAACACAAGAACCAGGCGCGGACCGGAUGGGGAACUUGUUACUACUAUUACUACUAGGCUCAAGGUCGAUUCUCUCGUUUCCCCCGGUUUAUGGCUGGCUUCCUUGUUCGCGUUGAGGGAAGCACGGGGGAAGACGCCCACGAAAAGAGCAAAAAGAUACCCUGAAAUGCAUAGUCUUUUGGUACGCGG